GAUAUGCAUCAGCAAGCGGCGCAGCAAUCCUAUAUGGCAGCAGCGGGAAAUCCAUAUCAACAGCCAUCAUCUUCGGCAACUCUAUGCUCAUCUCAACAGGCCAAUAUUGCUGCGCAACAGCUGAAUUCACUGUACAACGCUACUGCUGGAGCAUUUCCAAUUCCUUGCGAAUCACCACUCUUACCUGGACAUCAGCGAUAUCCAGUAAUGUGGCAAGGAAUUAUUGCAUUGAAAACGAAUGAAACUCGAGUACAAAUGCAUAAAGUUGGUGGUAAUGCGGAAAUGUGCAAACGUUCGUUGGAUCAGUUCACAACCACCUCGAAUCAUAUGCCACUGAUACGAAUCAAUCAGAGAAUGCGUAUGGAAACAGGCCAACUUGAAAGUGUGCAACUGAAAAUGAUGGAUGAGCAUUCGUAUAUCGCGUUGAUAUGCGUAUCAUGUGGGCCAAGCAAGGAAGAUAUCAAAAAUCAAUCGGAAGUUCUCAAGGAACGUUUUGUUGACUAUUUGGAAUCGAAGCAAGCUGCUGGAAUAUGUAAUGUCGGAAAUGACAUAUGUUCUGGUUUCUACAGUAAUAUAACAAGAUUUCAGCAAAAUCCGACGCCGAACACCAUCGUGCACAUUUUUCCGCCAUGCGAUUUUGCCUGUAGAUUCCUGCAAAAGAAUAGCCCCGAUUUGUUGGAUAUCUUUAGGCAACAAAAAGCCAGCUAUUUAUUCGUCGUUAUUACAUCGGCCAACUAG